ACUAUUUUCUCAAUUCACUUCCAUUUCUCCACGUAUUCUUUGUUUUUAGAGAAAUGGCAGACAUUGUUAAGAGAAUGAAGUUGGGUUCAGAAGGUUUAGAAGUAUCGGUUCAAGGUUUAGGAUGUAUGGGAAUGUGUCCUGAAACAGAAGAAGCCAUGAUUGAACUUAUUCACUAUGCUAUCAACUCUGGUAUCACCUUCCUGGACACUUCUGAUGUUUAUGGACCUUAUACCAAUGAAAUUCUUCUCAGUAAGGCUCUAAAAGGAGAGAUGAGAGAAAAGGUACAAUUGGCAACAAAAUUUGGAAUUACACGUAAGGAUGGUAAAUUUGAAGUGCGUGGUGAUCCUGCCUAUGUAAGGGCAGCAUGUGAGGCAAGCUUGAAAAGGCUUGAUGUUGAUUACAUUGACCUUUACUAUCUACAUCGUAUUGAUAUUCGACUUCCCAUUGAAGUUACCAUGGGGGAGCUUAAAAAAUUAGUUGAAGAAGGGAAGAUAAAAUACAUUGGUUUAUCAGAAGCAUGUGCAGCAACAAUCAGGCGAGCACACGCCGUCCAUCCGAUAACCGCUGUACAAAUGGAAUGGUCGUUAUGGUCGCGAGAUAUAGAGGACCAAAUUGUACCUACGUGCCGAGAACUUGGAAUUGGAAUUGUUCCAUACAGCCCAUUAGGACGUGGAUUCUUUGCUUCGGGGCCCAAAGUCCUUGAAGCCUUUCCGGAAGGUGAUUACCGCAAGAAUCUGCCAAGAUUCCAAGCAGAAAACAUGGAGCAUAACAAACAAAUAUAUGAAAGAGUGAGUGAAAUGGCCGGAAGAAAAGGGUGCACCACAUCACAACUAGCUCUAGCAUGGGUUCAUCAUCAAGGAAAUGACGUAUGCCCAAUUCCAGGAACAAGCAAGCUAAACAAUCUAAACCAAAAUAUUGCAGCCUUAUCAGUCAAACUUACUCCUCAAGAAAUGGCUGAACUUGAGUCUUAUGCAUCAGCUGAUAAAGUUAAGGGUCAUAGAACAUGGAACCCUACUUAUUCUUGGGAGAACUCAGACACUCCGCCGUUGUCUUCUUGGCAGAUUUAAACACACCAACAAAGGUUUUAAAUAUGUUCAACAUGUUCGACCGCACAGGGCCCUAAAAAAUUGAGGGCCUCAAUAUUUAAUUAGAUUCAAAAACUUUGUUAAUGUUUACUAUGCCUAUGAGGCACACAAUAAUCUUUCACACAAAUUCGAGUUAUUUGGUUUUGAGA